UAGGGUGCCUAGUCGCCGCUGUCAACGUUAUCUCGGCCUCGCAGUCUCCCACGACGUCCCAGCGCGGCCUCCUCUAGUCCUCCGCAGUCCGCUCAGUGCACCCACCGCACGCCGCUCCUCCGCAGUCCGCUCAGUGCACCCACGCCGCAGACCUUCUCUACUCCUCCGCACCGCAGUCCGCUCAGUGCACCCACCGCACGCCGCUCCUCCGCAUUCCGCUCAGUGCACCCACGCCGCAGAGCCGGUUGCGUCGCGGCGAUGGCAGCCUUCUCGUCCGCUGCCUCCUCCUCCGUCGUGGAGCUCUGCACGGCGGCGGAACUCGACACCGCCACCUCGGCCAUGUUCUUCCACGACGACAGCGAAGCCGGAGGCGGCAGCUUCUCUUGGCCUGAGGCGGUGGAGAAGACGAUGUCGAAGAUCACACGCCCGGUAACGCUCCGGGCAUUCUGCGACAAGUACAAGAUCCCCGCCAGCUACACCACUUGCAGAGCCGACGGCUGGGCAGCCUGCCGGACGCCGCCGGAGGGCUCCAACGCCAUCUGCGUCUACGCUGAGGCGCUCGAAGCCGGCAUGAGGCUUCCGCUCCACGAGUUCUACGUGGCGGUUCUGCUGCACUACGGCCUCGCGCCGAGCCAGCUCGCGCCCAACGCCUGGCGCUACAUGGCCGGCUUCGUGCUGCUCUGCCACGACGCCGGCGUCCAGCCGCUGCUAUCGGCGUUUCACUACUUCUUCUCCAUUUGCGCCCACAAGGGUGACUCCCUGGGGUGUCACCACUUCAAGACGCCGCACGCUAAGCCCGGCGACCGCCGCCGCCUCUUCACCGGCAGGAUGCCGAGGUCCCACGAUUGGAAGUCCAGGUUCUUCUUCCUCCAGGCACCGUCGACCACGAUAUGGCCAUGCCCUGUGCAGUGGGGAAAGCCGAGUAGGGAGGCUGUCCGCAAGCCCGUGGUAACCAGUACCACGAAGAUGGCCAUAUCAACGCUGCUGGAAAGAGCCGGGAGUUCCGGUAUCGAUAUCCUGCAGUUUCUCUCGAGGCGCAGUCUGCCAAUCGGCCAGCAAGAAACCACCCUCAUCCCGCGGCACGUGGUGGUGAAAGUGGAAGCUACCGCAGCAGCAGGGAGCAAGCGCAAGUCGCCCGAGAUCGUGGGCCCAGAUUUCGCCCUCGCCGUGCGCAGCUCGCAGCAGAGCUACGCCGGGACGUCCACGCUGCCGGGUUUCUCUCCUGUGAGAGUCUCCGGCGGCGAGCACUCCGCCACGCGGGGAUUGGUCGAUGGCGUGGCGGGGAUGUUCCAGUUGGCGCACAAGUCCAUGGAAGAGCUUCAAGAAAAGGAGCAGGAGCUCCAGGCGAGCAAAGGAGAGCUCGCCAAGCUCAAGCAGGAGCUGCACGUUGCGAGAACCCAACACGCGGCCGACAUUGCCCAGCUCAAGGAGGCACUGCAGAAAGCCAAUGAUCAGCACGCAUCCGAGGUACGCCGACUCGUGGAGGAACACCAGAAGGCAACCACCGCACACGCCGCCGACAUCGCCCGACUCAGUGACGAGCUUCUGAAUGAGAGAACCGAGCACGCGGCCGAGGUGCGGGACGUCAAGGCCAAGGGCCAGCGCGAGUUGAUGAGGUCGCAGGAGGAGAGCUGCAGCAUGAUUGCGGAGUUCUACGCCAGGGGCUGUAGAGACAUGAAAGAGCUCGCGGUCACCUUGUACGGGGGCGUCAUCGACCUCUCGGAGCUGACAACCAAUGAGAGUUUUCUGAAGCCAAACAAUGUGGCGCACGUUGAGAGGGAUAGCAAGCAGCAGCAUGUCAGAUUGCAGCUCAAGGAGUACUACGCCAAGGGUGUGAGGGACAUGAGGCAGCUCGCGUUAGAAAUGUACCCGACUUCCAUCGAUCCAUCGGUGCUGAGGGCGGAGCUGCUACUGGAGCCUGAAUACCACGAAUUGGGAUGUUCUCCAGUGAGAGCGGACGAGGAUCAGUGAAGUGAAGUGACUCAUGUGAUGCAGCAGAAAUGCUAUGGAGCUUGGAGCAACGGUGACGACGAGUAUGGGCUGCGUUAGGCGACAUCAUCCCUCGACAUCAUCCCUUGAACGUUAAGAAUUGAAUUCGGCUGAGCUGUUGCUUCCAUGAUAUCUUAUGAUUUACUUUCCUCUCUCUGCUCAGUUGUCUUGGAUUGUCAGCGCAUUAUGCAUGCCAUUCCAGUUGUUCACCACGUAUUAUGUGCCAUGGUCAGUUAAGAAUUAAGUUAGCAGUGCAUGAAUUCUCUAGCACGCUCUCUAGCCGGUCAAAACGUAUACUCUAAUUGAGCGAAAUGGUGGUUCUUCAAGCAAUCUCAAGUGUCAACUAGUGUUAAAGUAGAUGUUGUUGCAUCAUCACAAUUUGUAGAAUCUCUUGCACAAGUCGUGCUAGUUUAUACUGAUGGACGGACCAGCAACUGCUUGAUUAAGUGAACAGCUUUGUGGAAUAUCUUCCAUGUAAAUGUGAUAAUCUAAUGCCUGCUAAAUUACACCAUCUGGAUUCUUCCUUGCAAGAAAGUUCCUUUCAAAAAUCUCACCAUGGUUAUGUAUGUGUCUUUCCAGGUCAAUCAUUUCCCCAAAAAAAAUCACACAUUGCUACAAAAAGUUCAUACUAAAUGUCUUGCUUGUUUAAUUUCUAGUGGUUUAGCACUGUGAGUUAUUCUUUGUAGCUCUAGCUGUGUAACAUAAAUUAUUUUGUUUUGGUUCAUUCAUUUGUCUAGAAUAGCUCCAGCCCAAAUUUGGCAAUACUUUCUUCUGAAUCUGUGCAAGAUAAAGGAAGGUCGCAGUAUCGCACCAACAAAGAUUUGGGGUGGUUCAAUCAAACAUACUAUAUAAAAAUUACUAAGAUCAGAACUUCAAAGAACAAUGACCAUUGGCCAUGUGAUCAUUUCAUCAAGUGCCUUAUGCCGAUUGCCCUUCCUGAUUCAGAGUUAAGCAUAAUUUGUGGGUGUGAUUGGGCUCAGAACCUCCACCUUUGCCGGAAGAGAUAGACCAUGUGAACUGAGAAAAGGCAAUUGAUACUUAUUUUAUACUUCAACUAUGACUUUUGAUGCUAAACAACUUCACUGAAUUACACACUUGUACUUUCAGUGAAAUCUUAGAAAACUGGAAUUUCUUUGCUGUAUCUGAUGAUGUAUGGCAAACUCAUGCACAACAACGAGGUGAAUUUUCCUUACAUUUUGCAGUUUCGCGUUGUAGUAUUUGUUAUGAAGCAUUCAUCAUUUUUAUUUUUUUAUAGUCAGCCUGAAAGGUGACGACCUUCCAAGAAUUGGUUACUUUGAUCACUGUUUCCUUGUAUAAUGUAUAUGCUGUAGUGCUAUACUCAACCCCAGAUGACACACUUUUAUAGUUAUAUCUAUUUUUAUGACAGCACAUGGUUCUUUCUACUGGUUUUAUUGGUUUGAACUUGUAUGCUGUUGACAUCUCCGACAUCUGUGACAUGGUACCGAUCAUUGGUUAAAUCAGUUUCAUGCGUAUCAAUUUAUCAAACUAUAUCGCUGCUUAGAACCUUCAAUCUUCACUGAUUAGCCCAGGAUCGCCUAAGCUGGAUACACUGGGGACGGGUCAGGGGUCAGGACCUGGAAGCUACUGCACCAACAGGAAAGAACCCUGCCGAUCACUGACAGUGGCCACAUCUCUCGAUCAACAACCAGGCAGCAUAUGUGUUUGACUGAGGUUGUAGAUUUCAGGAGCGUGGGAGGUAACCACAACAUUUCCAUCUAAUUUCAGUCUGAAUUCGUUGAUCUGUAAUUUAAUGUGUAGCAAUUGCUUGGACAAGAUGAAACUGUUGAGGGUGGAAUUGCUUCUUUUAUCUUGUGUAGAGUAAGGAUAAACUUGCGUACUUUAGAAUAAAGGAGCUCAAAGAUAUCUUAAAUCAGCUGGGGUUGCCGAAGCAGGGAAGAAGCAGUGUUGAUCCCAUUGUAUCAUUAUCAGCACAAGCACCCCCACAACUGUUUUUGUGUGCGUGCAGGAGGUUGUAGAUUUCAGGAGCGUUGGGAGGCUGAAAGUAAGGCAUUGCACUGCAGGCUGAAAUUUCCGCGGACAGACCUGGCACGUCCAUAGUAACUUACAAAUUCAUGAGGAGCACCACAUCUAUUUUUUAUAUUCUAGUUUGGAUGUCAUAGCAUAAGCGGAGAAGGAAACAUAUUGGUAGGAACCACCUAUCUUUCAUAGAUGAGUUCUUCCAUUUCUUUUUGUAGAGACACAAUAUGGAGAUGUAGCGCUAUCAUGACUCACCUCCUGUUGUUGGACAUGUAUGCCAUAUUCUUAUGGUUAGUAGGACAAUAACAUUUUUCUCAUGCUUUAGACAAUUUCCAAGUUUAAAUGUAGAAAUAUAUCUGUACACCUAUAAGUCUUUAUAAAAGCAGAAUGGCAAUUUUUCAAGUGCCAUCAUUAAUCACAUCAAGAUGUUGGGGAAUGAAUAGCUCCUUAUUCAAUUGGCUCCAGCUUGCAAUUAUUUGAAUGCUCUGAAUUAAUGCAAGCAUUCCAUGUGUUAGUUUUAUGGCAGUUUUGCAUUUGAUGUUGCUUCACUGCAGUUUAAGUUUUCAGUUAAUAGAUUGCUGAUUUCACUUUAGGGCCUGAAUUUAGUCCAGCAAAGUUUAGUCAUAUGUUGUUGUGCAAGGACUUGGAACACAUGAUCUGGUAUGAGUAAUGUUGCUUCGGUUUUUGCAUUUUCGAACUUCUCUCUGUAUUCAUCAAGCUCCUUUCUUUUUGAAACCAAAGCUUGCUUGAUUGACCUACUAAUUCCUUUUGCUUCGUCGGAGCCUUGCUCCUGGACCAUUCCAGCUUGAUAGCUCAAUUUGUUACCCAUGUGGCCAUGUUGGCAGCUAGCUCACUUUUGAGGCUAAGCAUUUUGCGCUCAUUUUCAUCAACUUCAGCCUCCACACUAGUUUUGGACAUAAUUUGUUUAUUGAGCUGUUUCAGCUCCUCUUGUUCCUGCUGCAGCUCUUUCUCCCAAGCCAGGCAAUCCUGCUCUUUCACCAAAGCUGCUCCAAGUCUUCAGCUUCGUGGUGCGAAGCAUGGGCUAACUCAAUGACUCUUUGGAUGCAAUAAGUUCCAAAGUGAGUUCUAAGACAGCAUAUUGUUCAUGCGUUGAUAUCAACUCCUCUUUCAGCAAUUUCAGUUCCUCAACAGCCUUUUUAUGUCUUUCUUUGGCAACUGUAGACUGUGAUUAGGCUAUUACACUAGCUUCAUCAUCAAUCCUCUGCUCCAUCUCUUGUACCCUAAUCAAGGCGAGUUCAGAAUCUUGCUUUGCUUGGUCCACUUCAAGUUGUGCCCUCUCCAGCUUAGGCUUCAGCUCCUCAACGAGUCUAUUAGUUCUGUCUAGCUCCUCGAUCACGUUUUGAUUUGGCCACCUCAGCAAUUUCCCGGUCUUCUUUGCAUUGUGGAAUCUACUGCUGGACCUUUUCAAGUUCAAGUUGCAUGACCCUGCGUCUUUGCAUAAAAAAAUUUACUUGGUGAUGGAAGUCGUUCCUCAAAAAAAAAAAAAACUGUAUCCGUACAUGGAUGGAAAUGAAUAGAACAAGAUCCAUUUGUCUGACUAGGAUCCAUAUUCAGUGUGAAAUAAGAGGCAUCACCUCUAAUGAUUGAGUCCUGUAGGCUUUCCAAUCAACAAUUCCUCCAAAUUUGGUGACAGCUUCUUUAGCAGACUCAACGGUGCAGCAGUGUCAACAAGACUUCUGUAUGAGCCUUCAGAUCCCUUUUCUGAGUUUGCAAUGUGCGGCAGCAUUGUUCUCGUGAAAUUCGUAUUGUCUUCUUUGGAUUUAACUUCAGCUGCUGGCGUUGUAUUUACUCUGGUAAAACCAUUGUCAGAUAUGUUGUUAAAGGAGCAUGGUCCUUCCUUUGACGAAUCAUUAGAUGCCUGAGGUGGUCCUAUGUGGGAUAGCAUUUCCAAUGUAUUUUUACUUAUGGUAAUGUCUACCUUAGGUUUUUGCAGGGUCAUGUAUAACACAAAUAUCAAUAAAUCUGGGCGAGUGACCCUUGAGGAUAUAUC